AUGCUCAAGCAGCGUCUCCGCCAGCCUCUCCCCCUCCUCUGCGCUCUAUUCCUCACUGCCCUCCUCGUCGUCUCCCUCUACACAGUCCACGGCGGAACCGACGUGCGCGACUUGGGCUUCUACAAGUUCGGCGGAGACAGCACGAGUGCGGAAGCCGACAGCACAAUCGACCCCUCGGCGGCGGAAAGCGGUGCCCCUUCCUCCGACGACCGCACAUUUGCGAGCCUCGAAUCGGUCUUCCAAGAUGCGAAAGCCUCAGACGCACAGAGCCAGCCAGGCGAAGCUGGAUACGGUGGCGCGGUCUACGACACUACCUACGACCUCGGCCUCGGCUUCGACAGCGAAGACACGCCCGAGUACCGCGAGAUCUUCUCCUACUCGACCCGCGAUCGCCGCUUCAUCCCCUUGUUUGCGGAAGGCGUGGGCCUGCUCAACCCCAAUCUCAUCCCCCAUCCCACCAAGUCCGACAUGUGGAUCCUCAUCGCCCGCCGCGAGAUGAGCCACCGGCUCCACGACACCGAAGAGGAGGUCGUGUGCGCCGCGGGCUUCUUCGAGGAUGUGCUCGUGUGCGAGGGCAAGCCGCAGGCCAUGGCCAUCAACACCACCGUGCUCGGGCAGUGCGACGGCCAGAUGGCCCGCGUCAACGAACACUUCGGCCCGCGCGAUAUGCGAGUCUUCCACGGGCCCAAUGCCCCAUACGUCGUGUACGGCUCGCAAUCGCAAUUCACCUGCUUCGGCGUGUGGCUGCAAGACGCGCGCAUGCUGCUCGACGCCUUCCACAUGGACUCGGCGCUGUCGAAGCUGUUCGUCCAGCCCACCGAGCUCCGCCGCCCGGGCCGCUGGAAGGCGAUCGAGAAGAACUUCUUCAUCUUCUGGGACAAGGACGACAAAAUGUACGUGCACAACGACCUCUGGCCGCAGCGCAGUUUCGCGAAGCUGGAAAUGGACGGGUCGGUGGGCGAGGACCUGGCGCCCGCCGUGGCGUACGAGGACCAAGUGUGCUACGCAAAGUACAUGCCGCACGUGGCGGCGCAGCAAGAGUGGCUGCAGCAAGCGACCAACGCGCUCGCCAUCACGCUGUGCAAGCGCGAAGACCCCGGCUGCGUGCCGAGCGACUCCAACACCUUCAACAUGCACAUCUUCCACGUCAAGUCCAACUACGCCGAGCACCGCAUCUACGAGCCGUACGUCAUGCUCUUCCAGCGCACCGCCCCCUUCGCCAUCCACGCCAUCUCUCAGCAGCCCCUGUGGGUCUCCGGGCGCGAGAUGCUGACGGUCGAGAGCGGGAGCGUGCAGUAUGAAGGCAAGACCGAGUCGGAUAUUCCGGAAGGCCACACGGAGCGCUUCUACAUGACCAGUGUCAGCUGGCGCACGCAUGGCCAGCGGUACCACGGCUACAUUGACGAUGUGCUGUUCCUCGGCUUCGGCAUCGAGGACUCGCGCGCGGGCGCCAUUGAUGUGUUGGCGGGCGAUAUUCUGCAAGAUUUAGCGUAUUGUUAG